CUACGGCAGCUACUACUUGACAAGGAACAGCCUGGCUUUUGCAUCGCCGAUGAUGAUCCAGGACGCCUCCUUGGGGGUGAACAAGCUCAUGAUAGGGGGUCUGCUGUCCAUGCAAACGGUGGCAUAUGCCUUCAGCAAAGGCAUCAGCGGCGUUCUGGGGGCGUCGUUUUCUGCCACGGUCCUUCUGACGGGCGGCCUAAUGGCAACGGCGGCCUGCAAUAUUGCAUUUGGGUCCAGCUCUGUGUACAUGCUGUUCCUGCUGUUCUGGGGAAUGAAUGGCCUCCUACAGGGCAUUGGCGCCCCUGCGUGCGCCCGUCUCCUCACCAACUGGUUCAAGGGAAAGGAGCGCGGCACGUAUUGGGGCCUGUGGACGGCAUCCAACAAUGUUGGCGGCUUCGCUGCCCCACUGCUUGUGGGUAUGGCAGCCAAGACUGGGGGUUGGAGGUGGGGGUUCUACGCCCCAGGUUUAGUGGCCAUCUCCAUGGGCAUUAUGGCACUGCUGAUCAUGAAGGACUCGCCUGAGAAGGCAGGUUUCCUGCCUGUGGAGGUUUCCAAGAAGCCAAAAGCCACGAAGGGCGGUGCAACUGUGGGGUCACUGCAGGAGGUGGUGAAGAACGUGUAUGUGUGGCUAUUUGCACUCAACUAUUUCUUCGUAUACGUCGUGAGGCAGGGCAUUACGGCAUGGUUUGUGUUCUACUUGAUGCAGGCGGGAUCGGGCACUGACCUUGCCACGGCAGCGGUCCGGGUGUCCGGCCUGGAGCUCGGUGGCCUGCUGGGGAGCUUGUCGUCGGGCGCCAUCAGCGACUACCUGAUCAAGAAGAACGCCGGCAACGAGUCCGGAAACGUGGGCCUGCGCGUGCGAGUGGUCAUGUGCUACACGCUGGGCACGGCGGUCAUGCUGACGGCCUUCCGCCUCGCGCCCUCCGUCCCGCUGCUGCAGUGGCUGGCCGUGGCUGGAUGUGGGUUCAUGUUGUACGGCCCGCAGAUGCUCAUCGGCCUGUGCGGGGCAGAGACGGUCAGCAGGACGGCUGUCAGCGCAUGUCAGGGAUUCCUGGGGUGGGUGUCCUACCUGGGGGCUGCCAGCGCCGGUGUGCCCUUGGCGCUGAUCGUGGACAAGCUGGGCUGGAACGCCUACUUUGGCACGCUCAUCGGCGCGUGCGUCGUGUCGUUCCUGCUGGUGCUUCCGAUGAUCAACCUGUACUCGGAUGCGCAGAAGAACGAGAUGGCGGAAGCCAAGGCAGCAUGA